GAAGGGAAGUGGCAUUUGAGAUGCCGAUGGAAUGAGGUGUGCCUGGCAAUUUGGAAUUUGAUCGACAAACGGAGCAAGCGGUUGGCAGACGAUGCAGAUUUGGCUCUUAAGGAGAUUUUGCGAAGGUUGUGUAAGGAUUAUAUUUUCGACGGUGUUUGUUGCAGUUUAGUGAGAGCCGAAGACAGACAUGGGUUUUGUUGCGGAAACCCUGGAUUCGAUACGGAAGACAAAUGUGCGUCAAAUUUUGCUUCAAGCCGUCAGUCUUGGGAUGAUUGUGACAUCGGCUUUGAUUAUAUGGAAGGGGUUGAUGUGUUUUACCGGCAGCGAAUCCCCUGUGGUGGUGGUGCUGUCGGGUAGCAUGGAGCCAGGUUUCAAACGAGGAGAUAUUUUGUUUCUGCACAUGAGCAAGGCUCCUAUCCGUACUGGAGAAAUCGUUGUAUUCCAUGUGGAUGGUCGGGAAAUUCCAAUUGUUCAUCGCGUGAUCAAGGUCCAUGAACGCCGUAAUACAGGGGAUGUUGAAGUGCUUACCAAAGGUGAUAACAAUGCGGGAGACGAUCGGUUGCUGUAUGCCCAGGGUCAGAUGUGGCUUCAACGGCACCAUAUUAUGGGGAGAGCUGUUGGUUUUCUACCUUAUGUAGGCUGGGUUACAAUUAUUAUGACAGAGAAGCCGUACAUUAAGUAUAUCUUAAUUGGAGCAUUAGGACUCCUUGUUAUUACCUCAAAAGAAUAAAGGAUUCGGUUCUGAGGAGAAAGCGAUAAUCUCGGUUCCGAAGAGAAGCUACGUUUUUGAAGCAGCACCGCGACGGCAACUCGAUGCGACUUUGAGUGUAGGUACAUGAAAGUUCAAUGACAGUCAUUUCAUGGGUGUCAUUGGUUAGAUGGGCAAGAUCUUCUGAUCAAGGAAGUGAGUUUUAACUCACAUGUGGUCAAGAUUUAUCCACACAUUACCUUUUGUACAAGCCCCCAAUUCCCUGGGACACACGUAAUCCUUGCACCCAGAAAUGAAAAUUUAGAAACACAUGAUGACCAAGCAGUCAGAGGUUCCUGUGUUUAAGAGCUGGAAAGGAUGACCUUUUUUUAUAUCAAGCAGCACUUAGAACAGCUUGUUGUUGCACGG